AUGACAGCCAGACCCGCCGAGGCCCCGGGGCUGUCGGUGCCGCUGCACCGCUGCCGCGGCGGGUUCGAGGCCGGCAACGGCACCUGCGCGGAGCAGCUCGGCCUCCUCCCGCCGUUCUCCUCCACCCUCGCGCUCCUCGUGCUGGUGGCCGUGCUCGUGGGGGUCGUCCUCGUCUCCCUGGCAACGUUCCACUUCCACAAGAGGAAGCUUCGGAACAGGAAGAUCCAGCGCGCGCAGGAGGAAUACGAGCGCGACAGCCGCAGCCCCGCGCGCGCCGCCCGGGCGAGCGGCGGCGGGGAGCCCGCGAGGCCGUGCGUCAUAGUGAGGCCGGCGGGGCGCGAGGAGAAGCCCUCGUGCCGGAGCGGCGCGGACAGCGGGGACGCCGCGGCAGAGGACAAAGAGGCGCCGCGCGAGACAGUUGACUGUUGACUCAGAAACUUCAGGGAACGAGACUGUGGAAUAAAGUGGAAAAGCAAUAAGGCACAAAGACCCCCCCCCCCCCCACCCCACACACACUCCCCCCUCACACUCCCCUCUCCGCUGCUUGUAUGAACAGUAGAUAAAGAACCACAGAGACACAGCUCAGUGGACACACUCAUGUUUCUUUCGGGCCACGCCAGUGAGUUGAUCGUGAUUUACGGAUGAAGACAUGAUGGAGCGAGGGUUUGGGACAAAACUUAAAAUGGAUUCAAAUGGUGCAGCCCACCCCUCAGAUGGAAAACAAGAAAUGUACAAAUAGGGACUGAUGAAUGUCAAGGAUGACCUGCAGAAUGAGGAUUGAGAAUACAAUCAAAUUAGGCUGUUUUCAGAUUAAUUUGAUCGAUCUGAUGAACAUAACUGGGUUUGUUUUAUAAAGCAGUCUCAGAUUACAUUAGUUGCGCUUGGCGUUUAAAAAAAAUUCAAUUCAAUUCAAUGAACUUUACGGGAGUUUGUGGAGGGCCUUGGGAACAUGAGUGUGAUGAGAAGAGGUCAUGAAAAGGAUUGCUGAGGAUGAGUUUGAUGAGAAGGGGCAGGUAUUGAGGAGAUAAAAAAGGUUUAAAGGUGAGGGAUGAAAAUGACAAAUGAGAGGAAUGAGAAUAAAAGGAUUGAAGACGACAAGGACAAUAGGUUGGAUGGAAAAGUUAAUUAGUGGGAUGAGAAAGUGAUGUGAUCAGGAUGACUAUGGAAUGAGUAAUAAUGAGAAUUUGUGGCAUUAAAAAGAGUAUAAAAAGCAAAAGGAUGAUAGCACUUUGAGAUUUUUGUUAAUGAAAAGUGCGUUACAAAUUAAAUUCAUUAUUAUUAUUAUUGUCUGAAUGAGAAAGAGCAAGGAUGGAAAAAG